AAAAAUAAAAUAUAAAAGCGCCAAGGACGAAGGAUUUGCCUGUCUUGUUUGACGGCACUUCGGCCAAAUAUUUCUUUUCUUUUUGUAUUCAUUUUAUUAAUUAUUCCACAAAGUAUUAUGACACAAGAUCAAGAUGAAAACUCUUCAAAAAGUUCAGACAAUGAACAAUUCUCCGGAAGAAGAAAAUCUGCCGCGUUCAGGAAAGCAAGUUUUCACCCACCUGAAGAGAUAUGGAAUUUAUUUACUGAAUCAGAGACCUGUUGUGAUAUUAUAGAUUAUUUUGAAGCUUUGAAGGUAGCUUUAAAUGUAGAUACUACGUUACAUGGUAUAGAAUUUUACGAAGUUUUAAAAUCAAAGCUAACAUCAUGGAAAUGCCAGUCUCUUUGGGACUUGCUAAAUGCCAGGUUAAAACACAAAGAGUAUAAUAACGGAACCGUUGCCAAAGGUCAUAGUUGUAUAAUAAUUGGAUCUGGUCCAAUUGGUUUAAGGAUGGCUAUUGAAACCUUAUUACUUGGUUGUAAAACUGUUAUUGUUGAAAAAAGAACUGAAUUUACUAGAAAUAAUGUUCUUCACUUGUGGCCAUUUUUACUCACAGAUUUCCGUGCUCUUGGUGCAAAAAAGUUUUAUGGAAAGUUUGGUGCUGGAUGCAUUGAGCAUAUCAAUAUAAAAACGCUGCAAUGUGUUCUACUGAAAAUUGCUCUGAUUCUUGGCUUAGAGAUUCAUGUAGGCGUAACUUUCAAACACCUUGUGGAGCCCACAGAAGAGAAAAAAGCUUGGACAGCCAGCUAUCAACCUGAAAACCACGAAGUGUCAAAAUAUAAGUUUGAUAUUAUUAUUUCUGCUGAUGGAAAAAAGAAUGUUUUGCCAGGAUUUCCACAAAUUGAACUUAGAGGUGCACUUGCUAUAGGUAUUACAUGUAACUUUGUAAACAACAAUACUAUUGAAGAAGCAGGAGUUCCAGAAAUCAGUGGCAUAUCAUAUCAAUAUAACCCAAAAUUUUUUAAUGACAUGGAAGCUGAGUAUGGGGUCAAACUUGAGAACAUUGUUUAUUAUAAAGACGAAACUCACUAUUUUGUCAUGACAGCUUUAAAAUCUAGUUUAUUAAAUCUUGGUGCUAUACGAGAGGAUAUUGCUGACCCCACGUUAUUGUUAGAACCAUCUAACAUUGACAAAGAACGAUUAAUUGAAUUCGCCCGAUAUGCUGUAAACCAUGCAACCAACCAUCAGCUGCCAGAAGAUUUAGAGUUUAAAAAACUGUCAAAUGGAAAUCCAGAUAUAGCAUUGUUUGACUUUACCUCUAUCAAGAAGGCAGCGAAUGCAUCAAGAAUAAUUGACCGAAAGAAUCAGAGGCUGAUGGUUGCUCUUGUUGGUGACAGCUUAAUAGAACCUUUCUGGCCCACUGGAUCUGGUGCUGGUAGAGGGGUGUUAAGUGCAUUGGAUGUUGCUUGGAUGGUUCGGCAAUUUGCUUUGAAAAACCCACCUUUAGCAAUCUUGAGAGAACGUGAAAAUAUUUUUAAGCUUCUUUCUGGUACAACUAAUGAUAGCUUGCAAAAGAAUUAUAAAGACUUCACUAUUGAUCCGAAGACACGUUAUAAAGGAUUUGAUACUAAACGAGUGUCAAACAUGACAUCUUUAAAAGGCCUAUAUGACACUGAUGACAGAGAAAAUGCUGAUUACACCAUUGCCAGUCCUAGUAACGAUGCAAUGAUUCAUAAACCGAUCAGAAAAAGAACAAGUAGUGGGGGAGGUAUUCGUAAAACAAGUACUCACCUUCAUCACCAUGCCAGUAAAACGAAACGUAAAUCUGAUCGUGCAUCAUUAAAAGAUCAAGCCAUAGUUGGAAAUACAAAACAAUUUUGGGAAGAACACAAUCAGAAAAAUGUUGUUGAAAGGGAAAAGUCCUAUGUAUCAAAAAAUAAAAAGUCAGUAACAUCUGUUGGUAGUGAAUCUAGCAUAGAAGAACUAAGUGAACUUGAUGACGAUGUCAUAGAAGAUGCUCCCAUUGUAAAAAAGGGAUUUAAAAGUCCCUUUAAGUCACUAAAACGACAAGCGUCACAGGACAACUCUAAGGUAUUGAAGAGACAGUCAACAAAAGAUAAUUUACAUGGAACCAAGAAAGGUGUUUACCAAGCAAAAGGUGGUGGACUAAAAUCAAAGAAUACAAAGGAGAGGAAAAAUUCAGAGAAAGAAGAAAGAACUCGUACUAAAUCUUUGUCUGAAAAAAGAUCUGGUAGCCAAUCUAAGAAACAAAAGACACCGGAGAAGACUCAAACAAGUGUGAAGACAAACCCUCCAAGACCUGUCGAUCCGCGAAACUUCUUUCGUAAAUGGCUGGAAACUUUAAAGCAGCCAGCAAAAGAAAGUAAACCAAUUGAGGAGGAUUUUCCACAAGCAUUACACGUUGGUUCGCAAACUGCAGCCAUGGCAGUUUUGGCGUUACCAUUAUUGUUUGAUUGUAAUCGGCCUCCAAGAAGGCGUACUACUGAUAUCAAAAUUAAAGAUAUACAAACUGCAAAGGACUCAUUCUUAAAUCCGAACACGUUAAAAGAAACUCAUGAGAUCACAGUUCAAAGGGCUGGAAGUGUUAAAAAUGCCAUCCAAAAGUAUAAAAUGCUCGAACAGAAAGACAAGAAAGAUGACAGCUAUUAUGAUUUCCUUAAAAGACAAAAAAAUAGUGAUCGAACUGAUGGAUCUCAAACAGUUAACAAUGAUGAGGAAGAAGACUUCUCACCAAAAGAUGUUAUUGAUGUAGAGAAAGCCUUACUGCAUGAUGAAAUAGAAGAAUCGAAGCGAUCAAACAUCGGAAAGUCCACAUGGGGUGGGACUGGUACCGAGAGCAGUUUGCAGUUGCAACUGGCUUUGGAAGAAUUCUGUGAUGCACAAACUCCAUUUAACUCAGUUUUAAUGCUUCAGGUUUUAUAUAACAUUCACAAGCGUAUCGAAGAAAAACCUGAAGUUGAUAAAUACUACAGAGUAUACACAAAAGGAGACAUCUUUGAAAGACACGUGUGGCUGUUACAUGGAGCUGAAAAAUACUUAUCGUUUGCUGGAUGGGUGAAGUGUGGUAACUAUAUCAUAUUAUCAAAAGCUUAUCCUGUAAAACAAAGUGUGAAAGUGAUUGAGGAAGUGUUAAGGAAAAAGAAGAAGGCCCAACUUUUGUAUUCUGGAUCAGUCCAGUCACAACCAAAUAAACCCGAUAUCUCUGUUAGGAGAGCGCGCUCCAACGUGGGUGAUUCAACGAUCGACGAGGACGAAGUUGUUGCCUCGUUUACUAGCAUUAGCGGACCUGCCAACGAAACAGAUUCUGCUAUUGGAAGUGGCUUUGAAGAUGACGAUGAAAUCGAAUUACCUCAAAAACACAGACUGCGAAGAGUGGAGUCGAAAGAGCACGUUAUGGGUAACGAAGAAUACAUCGUUAUCGAUUUUAUCGGGAACUUGGAAGUGUCGAGUAGAAAAUCCUCUAAAGUUGAAUCGCCCAAGCUAUCUCUCGAUUCCCCGGAAACGAAUAUGGGUUUAGCCGCGGAGAAAUCUGAUUCGGGUACUUCUGCUUAUGAAGAAGUCUUCUCACCAACGCCAGUAACUGAAGAGAGCGGUUUUCAGUCGGCGGAUAGCAGUGCCCACUUCUCCCCUGUCGAAAAACCGAAAAAGGUUUUCUCUGCUGGUGGAGGAUUGAAACGAGCCAAGAAGGAAAAUCAGGAGAAUCAGCGCACUGAGGAAGCAUCAAAACAAACAAAAUCUAACGACGCUUCCUCUAAUCGUCGAUCUUCUAACCGGUCAAUGUCACCUGAAAGCACCGAUCCACGUUCAACAUCUCCAGAAACUAUUUCGCAUCGCUCAACAUCGCCCGAAACCAUAUCACAAAGGUCAGUUUCACCAGAGACCGUGUCUCAACGCUCAGUUUCACCAGAGACCGUUUCUCAACGCUCAAUUUCACCAGAGACCGUAUCUCAACGUUCCACAUCACCUGAAGUCGAUGGCACAAAAAAAUUGUCGUCCAAGCAAAGUUCGAUGCGUCGUUCACCAAGACAAGAACGCUCGUCGUCGCUUCGUUCGAACGGCAGCGAUACUGGAAAAACAGGUAGCUUGGUGAUGCAGAAUAAACUUUUGUUUGAUCAACAAAUUGCUGAAAACUUGAAGAAAAAAUACCCAAGUACGCAGAGCUUAAACGCUCCGCUCCGGAGAUCACAACUAGAUUUAUCAAACUUUGAGAAACCAAAAACAGAAUACUCAAGAUCUUUUAACGAACGACGCAACCUAGCACCGAAAACAUCUGGUGAAGUUGAUACCUCGGGUAUGGUCGCCGGUGCGUUAGGCAUUUUCGGCGGCGGCAAAGUGAAGUCACGACCUUCGUCAUUUCAACAAAAAGAUGCUGAUAAACCAGUUAUACACCAAUCCGUCGCAAAAUCAAACAGCGCAACGGAACCUGUGAAGAGUACCAAUGCGUCAUCGAAUCCACUUUUGUCUAAUUAUAAAUCAUAUAACGUUACUGCAACUGAUUCGACGAAGAAAAAGAAGUUUCCAUUCCAAAAACACAAAACUGAGAAGAAAGAAGUAAGUAAGAAGAGUAAAAAAAAAGAUGGCAACGUAGAACUUGUUAGCGUGAAAGAUAAUCCUGAAAGUUUUGAAGAAAGAGCGAUAGAUGUUCCUCACGUCAAUGAAGCAACGAAACCUGAGGAGGAGAGCAGCGAUAAAAGGAAGAAAGGGUUGUUUUCUAGGAUGAGAAAAAGUCGAAAAUCUUCAGAUUCUGAUCAUGAAAGGAAAACAUCUGCGGACCUCGACGUGCUCCAAGGUAACGAUAUAAUAGCAGAAAAGGGGGAAGUUAACCAGAUUGAAACUAAUGACACAAAUAUUGAAAACGACGUUCCUAACACAAAUAUUGAUAUUAAAGUCUCGACUGUUUCUGAAAUUUCAACUACAAACAAUGUUGAUUUACCUAAUGAAUUCGUUCCGGAAAAUACUAAAUACUCGUCAGAUGUAGCGUCAGUGUUAGGAAAUAUAAUAGACCGCAACCCGUCCUUCAAUGAUGAACAAAAUAAAGGAUCAACGACAGGGAAAAAGAAACGCUUUGGACUUAAAAAGAAAAAACGCUCAAAUGUUGACAAACAUAAGGACGUUAUCGAAAGCAACGUUUUGACUAAUAAUCCCAGCGAAGGUGAUAACUGGGAACAAAAUGGCGUUAAAGAAAGUAGCAACUCACUCGAUGCCGGUGUUAGCGGAACACCGGCAUCGAGUGAGUUCAACGAGUUCACGUUAAAAAGCGAAUCAAAUAAACUUGACAUAGAACUCUCUCAAAAAGAGAACAAAACAGACAACGGGAAUAUUUCCGACGAUGAAGAAGUCGUAACGGCAGUUAUUCGCACAGACAAACUCAUAUCCGAUUGGUCGUUUGAUACAGAGGAUCUCGAAGAAGAAAUCCAGUCUGAAAUACAUGCGACACAUGAGGAAAGCAUACCAGAAGAGUCGCCUUGUGAAAUCAAGACGCAACCACCAGGAAUAAUCGUAGAAGAACAGCUCCAAGAAAUUAGAAAGGAUAGUCUUCCCGACGUUAAUAUAGCUGGAUUAGCUAACGAGAUAUCCGUGGAUCUCGACACACAAAUAAACAAUAACUCUCCUGAGGCUAUUAGAAAUACCCCAAUUGAACUUAUAAAUAGUGCAUCGAAUGAUGCGACUGCUGAAACCUCUUCGAUUGCAACCAGUGAACUUAGUGCUUCUGUGAAUGGAGGUGACGAUCUUGUAAAUAUGUUGGAUGAAAUCAACAACGACGACUUGGUGAAUAUGUUAGAAGAGGCAAGUAACCAAGACCAAUCGAUGCGAAAAUCAGAUACUUACUCUAUUGACGAGCAACUUGAUGAGCCAGAAAAAGAGAAGAAGAAGAAAAAGAAAUUCCGGUUUCCGUUAAAACGGAAUAAGAAGGAAAAGCAAAAGAAAGACUUAUCAGAAUCUGUACCAGAAUCACUUGACGAUGUAAGCGUAAACAUCCCUGAGAAAAAAUCGAAAAAAUCGAAGCGACCAAAGAGUUUAGAAAUUACAACGGACGCCACGUCUCAGAAAACACCUUCGCGUCCUUCCUCUAUGUCGCAGGAGGAGUUUGAGAACGAUGUUGUGGAUGGGAAAAAGAAGAAGUUGAGUUUCUUUCGAAAAAAGAAGAUUAAAUCAGACAGUAGCUCUCCAAAUAAAGAAGCAUCCUUUAUAGCCUACACUGACAAUUAUCCGUCGACCACUGAUCUGCCGGAAGAAAAAGACGACAACAAAAGCGACACAACGAAAAUCAUGCUCUCCUCCGACGAGUUUACUAUUCCUGAAAAUACUUCUCACACAAAGCACGGGCAUAAAGAAUUCAUUAAAAAUGGCGGAGAGUUGAUCGAAAUCAAAACAUAUGUUGAAAUGGAAUUCUAAGUUUAUCUUCACACCACGUAGAUUAUCAUAUGCUCUGUUUCGAUAGAAUAGAGAUCUGUGUUUUU